UCGAUACUGAGGGAUAAAGUUUCCCCCUUGUACACAAAAGAGAAACGUUCGCGUAAAAAGGGAGGAAGGAAGAGGGAAACUGAAAAGGUGAAGAAAAGCAGAAGAAGGAGAAGAAGACUCAACGGGAAGUAGGGAAGUUCCACGUGACGUGGACCGUACCAAAGCGGGUUCCAGUGAGCUCAGGUUCACGGGAACCAGAAAUGCAACCGCCAAUAAAUUCAUUUUGGGUGGGAAAUUCUUCCCGUAGCUAGCUCUGCACCCUCAAGAACCCGAAUCCGCCGGCGAAAAUCUCCCCGGAGGUUCGAGCAGCUCCGUUGACCCUCACAACACAGCCGGAGAUGGCGGAGAAUAGCUUCAAUUUCCACCACACUCUCCACCACCACGGAAGCAGGGAUUCUUAUGGAUUUGUCUUGAGACCUCAACAAUUACAACGAUACGGAGAAUACAUCCAUAUCUAUAAGGAGGAGGAGGAGGAGAGGUCACAGAAAUGGAAGAUCUUCCUUGAACAGCAAGAAAAUUUGGAUCAACCUGAAGAACAAGCAGCAAAUCAAGAGGUCUUGCAGGUUGAGACCACUACUGAGUCUAGAGAAGAGGCUGGUUCAGAGGGAAGAAGGGAUAAUGAUGAUGCGAGUUAUAACGAGGGACCUCAAGAGGGGCAGUCUACAGAGAGACCUCAAGAGGAGGUGCAAUGUGUGGAGGGACCUCGAAAGGAGAUAUUAUAUGUUGAGGAUCCUGAGGUAAAGGUGCAGAAAACGAAGGAAGAGCCAGUGAAGUUGCCUGAAGAGGAGGUGCAACCAUCGGAACCCUCGGGGAGUACCAUCAAAACACCGGAAGAGUUGCAUGUUUCCGAGGAAGGUGAAAAGAAGGAUCUUUCAAAAACAUCAAAGGCUGGUAAAGUUCCCAAUUGGGGUCAAAUUAGACCUUCCCUAAAGGUUAUAGAGAGGCUAAUGAGUUCACGUGUUCACGAGCAACAUCAUGUAAAAGACAAGAAGAGUGAUAGAAAUGGAGGAGACCAACUUCCUGUUAUAGAAGAAGAUGGCUCCGUAGAAGAAGAACCAGAUGAUGGUGUUGAGGAGGAGUCAAAUGUUAAGGAUCAUGUGGAUGACAAGGUUAAUGAGGGCAGAGAUGAAAGGAAAGUAGAGGAUGAGCCUUCUUUAGAACCAUUCCUCCAUUGGAAUCAGGAGCUUGAGUUCCUUGUCCAUGGAGGAGUGCCAAAAGAUCUCAGGGGAGAGGUAUGGCAAGCCUUUGUCGGUGCAAAAGCGCGUAGGAUUGAAAAGUAUUAUGAAGAUUUGCUUGCAGAAGAAGCAAAUGCUGACGAAAGCAACGAUGAUAACAAUACAGGUGUACCCCAGAAGUGGAGAAAGCAGAUUGAAAAGGACAUACCAAGAACAUUUCCUGGUCAUCCAGCUUUGGAUGAGCAUGGUAGGGAUUCCUUGAGGCGGAUACUUACAGCGUAUGCUCGGCAUAAUCCUUCUGUUGGAUACUGUCAGGCAAUGAAUUAUUUUGCGGGCUUGUUGCUAUUGCUGAUGCCAGAGGAAAAUGCGUUUUGGACUUUUGUGGGAAUUAUUGAUGACUAUUUUGAUGGCUACUAUACCGAAGAAAUGAUUGAAUCACAGGUGGACCAGCUCGUUUUUGAAGAGCUGAUGCAUGAAAUUUUUCCUAGAUUAGUUAGUCAUCUCGAAUUCAUGGGAGUGCAGGUUGCAUGGGUUUCUGGACCUUGGUUUCUUUCUAUUUUCAUAAACAUGCUUCCUUGGGAAAGUGUUCUGCGAAUUUGGGAUGUUCUUCUAUUUGAAGGAAACCGUGUGAUGUUGUUCCGGACAGCAUUUGCUCUCAUGGAGCUAUAUGGUCCUGCGUUGCUUACAACUAAAGAUGCUGGGGAUGCAGUUACUUUAUUGCAGUCCCUAGCAGGAUCAACAUUUGACAGCAGCCAGCUUGUUUUGACUGCUUGUGUUGGGUUUUUGGCCAUAACUGAAGCUAGAUUGGUAGAGCUGAGAGAUAAACACAGAGUAUCAGUUUUAGAAGCAAUGGAGGAAAGGUCAAGACAGGGUAAAGUUUGGAAGGAUUCAAAAAGUCUUGCAACAAAGCUCUACAGUUUCAAACACGACAAAGGGCGUGAUGGAAGAAGCAGUGAAGGAGACAAUUCUCUGUCGGGAUCUGCUUCCACUUUUGAUGAUUUUUUAUGUGGCUUAUCUUCCGACGCAGAACUGGAUUGUCUGCCAGAUCUUCAAGAUCAGGUGGUUUGGCUGAAGGUUGAGCUGUGCAGAUUGUUGGAAGAGAAAAGAUCCGCCAUACUAAGAGCUGAAGAGUUGGAGACAGCACUCAUGGAGAUGGUCAAACAAGACAAUCGGCGGGAAUUGAGUGCAAAGAUUGAGAAGCUGGAGCAGGAGAUGUAUGGGCUGCGAAGAACCCUGGCUGAGAAGAAAGAGCAAGAAGCUGCAAUGCUCGAGGUACUGAUGCGCGUCGAGCAAGAACAAAAGAUAACCGAAGAAGCCCGUGUCAUUGCUGAGAAAGAAGCAGCUGCUCAGAGACGUGAAUUCGAUUCACUUCGGGAGAAAUAUGACAAGGCCAUGGGAUUAAUAGCUCAAAUGGAGAAGCGGGUGGUGAUGGCGGAGUCAAUGUUGGAGGCUACAGCGCAGUACCAAUCUGGCCAGACUAAAGCACAGUUCGUCGAACCUCCAGGGGCUGUUCGCAACCAGAGCACGACAGGGGAAAACACUGGUAGAGGAAUUGGUCGCUUGGCGUUUGGACUCGGCUGGCGUGACAAAGGCAAGGGGAGACCGGAGGCCGGCGACGGCAACACCGGCGGCGCAGCAGAUACUUAGCCAGCGGUGGUGGAAUCGGUUAUAUGCAAAUGCAACUAAUUGCCUCACUUCCAUUCUCAGGCUCAACCAACCGAUAGGGGGGACUUCCUCUUCUGAUCAAUGUACUCAGUAGUUGUAGAUUCCCCAUACGUGAAUUAUUACAAGUUUUGGUCUUUGAGAAUGUAAAUUAUUUUGACCUGGCUACUACUUCCUUGUAAACUAACAACGUCGUUUUCUAAUUCCAGCAUGCCGUUCUUUUUGUAUCACAGAAGA